GAAGUGCGGUGGUACUCGGUGGAAGCGGCUUGGAUACUUGUUGCCACGUCGGAGUAGUUGGUGUACCUGGUUAAAACGUUUUAGACACCAGGGAAAACGCUCAUCAUUUAGCUUCAGUUAUGGUUUCUGUUAUUAACACAGUUGACACCUCUCACGAGGAUAUGAUUCACGAUGCCCAAAUGGAUUACUACGGGACUCGACUUGCCACCUGCUCCUCUGACCGCACCGUCAAGAUCUUUGAUGUCAGGAAUGGAGGACAGAUUCUGGUGGCAGAUCUCAGAGGUCAUGAGGGCCCAGUAUGGCAGGUAGCGUGGGCUCACCCAAUGUUCGGCAACAUCCUGGCUUCCUGUUCCUAUGACCGUAAAGUCAUCGUCUGGAAGGAGGAGAAUGGAGCCUGGGACAAGAUGUAUGAGUACACUGGACAUGAGUCAUCAGUUAACUCUGUUUGCUGGGGUCCCUAUGAAUUUGGUGUAAUCCUGGCCUGCGGCAGCUCGGAUGGAGCAAUUUCCCUUCUCACAUUUACUGGAGAUCAACAGUGGGACGUGAAGAAAAUCAGCAAUGCACACACUAUUGGCUGUAAUGCCGUGAGCUGGGCUCCUGCUGUGAUUCCUGGAAGCCUGAUUGAUCAGCCAUCAGGACAGAAACCAAACUAUGUCAAACGCUUUGUCUCUGGAGGCUGCGACAAUCUGGUUAAACUGUGGAAAGAAGAAGACGGUCAGUGGAAGGAGGACCAGAAGCUGGAGGCACACAGUGACUGGGUGAGAGAUGUUGGCUGGGCUCCUUCUAUUGGUCUUCCCACCAGUACCAUUGCCAGCUGCUCCCAGGAUGGACGCGUGUUCAUCUGGACAUGUGACGACCCCGCAGGCAACACCUGGACAGCCAAACUGCUCCACAAGUUUAAUGACGUGGUCUGGCACGUCAGCUGGUCUAUCACUGGAAAUAUACUGGCUGUUUCUGGUGGAGACAACAAGGUGACACUGUGGAAGGAGUCGAUGGAUGGUCAGUGGGCAUGCAUCAGUGACGUAAGCAAAGGCCAGGGCGCCGUCUCCACCAUCACAGAUACCCAGCAGAAUGAGCAGUGAUGCACACAUGAACACAUAUUCACAUCACAGUGCACCAAAUGAUACUACAAGGAUGACCUCUGCCUUAAAAGAUGGAUUAACAAACAUGCUGGACAUUUGGACUGACAACAAAAGGUAGUCUACAGUGAGGGAGCCAAGUCUGCGACCUGUUUUUCCGUUUUGGAUGCCCGCUUAAUCCCACAUAUUCCAGGAUAAAUCUUUCUUAAGAUUCAACAUGGGAAAGAAAACUUUGAAGAUAAAAAGAAAUAUCAAUGUUUUGGUUUUUUCUGAUUGUAAUUUCUUUUUUAUUUAUCAGAUGCACUCCACCAUCCCUGUUUUUUUAUUUUGUAAGUUUAUUUGGGGAAAUUGCUGGUCCAAAUUAAACUUAUUGCCCAUCUUUACUCAUGCUUUACCUUCCCAUGAUACUUUGGUGCUCCUGAAACAUUCCACCUCCACCAGUGGAGAAGAAAACCACUGACAGUCCUCAUGAUCCAAGCAUCCUCCAUGGCAACCGUCCUUUAAUUUUCAUUACUUAAUUUCAUUCAGAUGAACUUUUUAUUGAAAAGUUCUCCAAACAAAACAGUUUUUUUUCUUCACAUUUGAUGUGUUGCUUGCAAAACAAGCUCAUAAUCUCCUCUGGUUUGCAUCACUCAUGACAAAAAUCAGAGGCACAAUAUAUUAAUUGCUAAGUUUAAACUUAAAUAAUUUAUUUAGGGUUCACUCUUCAUAAUUUACAUUUAGUACCUGCUUUAAUCUAUUUCAGUUGCAGCCAGAAGUU